AUGCGGCAUCCAACGGAGCUGAGAAGGGCAACGUACAGAUCUAGCGGUCAAUGCCAACACCCCCGACCCUUAAAUACCAAUCGAGCUGAAACCACUCGGACCUUCGAAACCCUAACCCUAACUCCGCGCACAACGUUUCUGCGUAUCGGCAAGAGAAGCGCGAGAGAAAGAGGAGAAAGGAUGAGCCGAACAGGAAGCAGCGCCGGGGCUAAGGGCGGGAAGAAGAAAGGUUCGACCUUUGUCAUCGAUUGUGCGAAGCCAGUGGAGGACAAGAUCAUGGACAUCGCCUCACUCGAGAAGUUCCUCCUCGAGCGGAUCAAGGUCGCCUCCCUUGGCGGCAAAGCUGGUACCUUGGGCGAUGUUGUAAACGUUACGCGUGAGAAGAGCAAGAUCACCGUUACUUCGGAAGGACCCUUUUCCAAGAGGUAUGCCAGCCUCACUGUGCUUUUUUUUUAUUGGUGAUGGGUUUCGUUAGGG